AUGGACAAAUCUCAAUCAGAAACUUACCUCACCUCCCUCCUCAAUAAAACUCUCCGCAUAACAACAACAGACACGCGCAUGUUUCUAGGCCAAUUCAAGUGCACCGAUUCGGACCUCAACAUCAUCCUCGCCCAAACUUACGAAUACCGCCUCCCAGCUCCGCCAAAACCCAAGCCCUCCCCUUCAACAACCAACUCAUCAAUCCCAAUCGUCCAAGACAUGACCUCCCGCUACGUUGGCCUCGUCGUCGUUCCGGGGGAUUACAUCACACGGAUAGAAGUCGAAGAGUUUGAGAGCCAGAUGAAGGGCCUGGGCAAGGGUGCAGGGAGUGGGAAGAUGGUUGGUGAGGGGUUGAGAGAUUCACCGAGAGAGGGCUCGCGAGAGAAGGAAGGUAGAGAGGCGUUUUGUGUGGGUAGAGUAUGUGAGCCGGAUACGGGAAGUGUUUGGAAGGAGGAGAAUGACGUGGUUUGA